GUCCUCCACCGAAGGGGGCGCUGUUUCCCCAUUUGGUUUGUGACGCUGUAUACUCCGGCAGAGGUCAGAGGUCGGGACAACACCGGCAGCUUGUGUGAAAGUCACCGUUCACAAACAAACAGCAGAAGGACAAUUAUGAAAAAAAGCAAUGUGGACAAUAUUUAGAAUGACUGUGCAUUAACCAGGGUUGUGUUACUGUAUAAAACAAACAGUAAAGUGUUGGGAAAUUCUGCGCUUUUUGCAGGUAAGAUGCUUCCAACGACAGUACCUUAUACCAUGCUAAACUAUGAUGCUAACGCAUAGACUGUAUAAUAUACAGUAUGUGCUAACGUUAAGUGUUAAAGGCUCCCACUAUCGGACAUGCAUGAUAUGAUUUACGUUUCUCUUGUAGUUUUUAUCGACCAAGGCAUGUUAACAGACGAUGGAAAUUAAAACCUUAAUGUUACGUUUCAUGAGCCAUUCUAAUGUUAGGUAGUUGGCUAAAGUUGUGAGAUUUUAGCCUAGCUAACGGCAUUGGAAAGUCAGAUCUGACCUGACACAACUGUACGAUAUCAAGCUAAUUGAGGGAAAAGUCAGUUAAGUGAACACGCUGUACAAGACACCUUCCAACAUAUUAGCCGGGCUGCAUGUGACUUUAUUUUCCCGAAUGCCAGCUGAAGCGUGAUGAAUCCAGAGCAGCCCAGAACUGGCUUCGCCCUGCAGAGACGACAGGCAGAUUUAACCCCUCGGGGCACACUGAGCACCGGCCUACUGCAGGGCCUCAUCCAGAGUGCCAGGCCUCCUUCCUUCUGCUUCCUGCUCCCCAGGGUCCACGCAGCUGAUGUGGCUGCUGCCCAGCCUGCACAGAUGCCCUCUUCUUCCUCCUCCACCACCAGUCCUGCUUCUGCACCCAUCCCCUCUCCCAGCAAAAUGCCAAGCAACAUAGGCAAGCCAGAAUUCCCAGACACAGGAUGGGAUCGUAUCAAGGAUCUCUUUGACAAAGAUGUGAAACAGAGGUACCCAGAGGAGCUGACCAACGUGAUAAAGAGCGGUGUAGUUGCAGCGCUAGCAGGCUUGCUCUACGGAGGCCUGCCAGCAGCUCGCCAUGCCAGGCAGAGGUAUAUCCAAGUCAGCCAGGCGGAAAUCUAUACUAGCCGAGUGGAAGCAGUGCGCUCAGCUCAUAAUGCAGCAAUCCGGGGUUUCGUGAGAUAUGGAUGGAGAUGGAGCUGGAGAGUGGCUGCUUUUGUCACCUUGUUCAAUACUGUCAGCACAGGGCUGUCUGUGUACCGAGACAAAUAUUCCCUCAGCCAUUAUGCUGCAGCUGGAGCUGUGACUGGAGGCCUCUUCAGACUAAACCUGGGCCUGGGAGGGCUGGUGGCAGGGACAAUCAUUGGAGCAGUGUUGGGGAUUCCCACUGGUGCUUUGAUCAUUAGCAUGCAGUCGAUAUCAGGAGAAACUGCCAGAGAGAGGAGGCGGCGAGAGCGCAGAGAACUUUACGAGCUCAGACUCUCAGAAUGGAUGGCCCGUCUGCAGUUGACAGAUGAUUUGAUUGGAGAGCUGAAUGUCAGCUCUCAAGCAGAGGAAACCAAUAAGGACAUGCAAAGGAUCCAGGAACUGCUUAGUUUACCACAGAAUGAGGAUGUGACUGAGGACUCACACAGCCAAUGACAGGAGCUGAGUCACUGCCUGUUAUCUGUUGGACAUUGACGGUGGGACUUGACACAACUGGGAGGAUAAAUGGGUCACUACUUUGCCUGGACUCCACACAUCUUCUUUCUAACUGAAUGACAACUGCUUUGCAUCAGAAUUAAAAGACACUGUUGUACCUGUCAAUAAUAGAUGUACAAUCUAUAAAAUCAAAAUCACAAAGUUGCCAUUGUAAGGGAUAUGACCUGAUAAAAAAAUCGUUAACCACAAAGAAACACACUGUCUCCUAUAUUUAAGUAAUGUUUCCGUAACUUUCAAAGUCACCUCAGCUCGUGUUUUUAGUGUGCUUGUGACCUUCGGUAUUGUCUCCUUAAGAAUAAACAAUAAAAAUUGAACAAAA